AUGUCUUUGCAAGCAAAACCCGAAGCAGCUACUUUCGACAACAUUGUCAUAGAUCAGGUUGCGAUAAACCGGUUCACCAAGGCACGAGACAGGCUGACCAGACUUCGGUCUAUUGCUGGUGUUGUGAUCAAAGACAUUCCUGUUGACCUCUUGUGGAAAUUGGUGGGGGUAUCAAGACUGAAUCUCGGAUCGCCUACAGAAAUGAAGAAAGCAGACAUGAAGAAAGGAGAUUAUUGUGAAUUCAUUGCUACCAAAGUACAAGAAUAUCAAACUGCAAAAGCAAACAGAACGCUAGCAACAAUGUACGUAUGA